AGCAAGCUUCUGGUGCUUCCUCUCAUACCUCGCUCUCUCUGAGUCCCAAUGUUUCCCUUCUUCCACCAACUCAUGACACUACGAAAUCCCAUCAUCACAUGGAACAUCUACAACACUUUGUCGACGAUCUCCAACUGGCUGCUAAACGAGCCUUCCCAAACUCGGCAUACUCUCGAUACAAAGAAGUCCAGGUCUUAUUGAUCCGAUGGGAAGAAGACGAGCUCGAGGUAGAGUGGGAAAUGGAGGAGCUGCGCAAGGUCUUCCGGGACAUGUAUGGGUUCUCGACGGAACAGUUUCUCAUCCCAACACAAAACUCUCAUCGAAAACUCAACCACAAGGCUCUGAGCUUCGUGGAGGAACAUGAGAAAGAGGAUAUGCUGCUCCUCGUAUACUAUGCAGGGCAUGGUGUCAUAAACAAAGCCAGGCAGUCCACUUGGUCUUGCAAACCUGACAGAACAUAUGCAACCGUAGAAUGGUCGGCCAUCCAGACCUUGUUCGAAAUGGCCAAGUGCGAUGUCCUCUUGCUGCUGGACUGCUGUGCUGGGGCCAGUGCCGCACCCCUCACUGAGCGUCCGACCAACAUAAAGGAAACAAUUGCUGCUUGUGGUUUUGAGACGUGGGCUCCUCGGCCGGGUCCGCAGUCUUUCACCAACACAUUGAUCGAGGUUCUCAAUGAAUGGGCAUCUCAGCCUCCCUUCUCCGCUGCCAUGCUCCACAGCGAGAUCUUGACACGGCUUAAACAUGCGCCGCCUCGUUGGUCAUCUCAAGGUACCUUGGUCGAGUCAAGGAAGACGCCAGCAUAUAUCGUCUCUCCGCCAGACCCACACACCGCAUCGAUUACCCUCGGUCGGCUUGUGGAUGAGGAGUCUUGUUCUUCAGCUUCCUUCCGGGCCAUCCCGGGAUCCAUCCCGGAAACUCUCUCGCAGAGAGUCCAAGGGGACAGCUAUGUUUCAAGCGAGAGCCGUCUGGAGGCAUUGUUGGCCAUGGACGAAAAGGGGCAGAGAAAGGCUCCACAUGUUCUUCUGACCGUUGCCUUGGAGGAAGACCAAAUCCUGGACGCCGCAAGUUGCGCUCGAUGGCUGAAGCAGUUUCCACUUUUAGCAAAAUUUGUGAGUGUUGAGGGCGUGUACCGCAGCUACUCAACACUGCUGCUUCUCUCAGUACCAGUCGUGCUGUGGGACUUGGUACCGGACCGCCCGGCCGCUCAGUUUGUUGGAUACGUGCGGUCCCGCAACUUGGUGCCGAGGGAAGAACCUCAGAAGGAGGCAACAACGCCAAUCCCCAUUACCGGGAGCUCGGCUAGAGGAAAAACCGGCGAUUCCUUUGAUUACGCUUCUCCACUGAAAUCUGUGUCAGGGUUGAGCAGCCUUGAUUCCGGAUAUGACUCGUCCAGUAUUCCGCGACCCGCGACGCUGGUAACUACCAGACUCUCCCGGCACACAACGGACGGGCUGGGACGCCUGCGAAAAACCCUGCCAAGUCAAGUACUAGCGGAAAAGAGACGGAGCAAGGGGUAUGUGUCAGAGCUCCUGGGCCCGAGUCAACCAACCUCGGCGCCGACGAGCGUGCCGUCGGCGUCAGGACAAGGACUCGGUUCACUCAAAGAAACGAUUAAACGACUCGUUGUUAAGGUCGGGGAAGCAGACCUGAAUGACGACAUCUCAGGGUUGACGUGCGUACUGUGGUAUGGCCACGACGUGCAGCGCAGUGAAUCCAUUCGGAGACCAACGCCGAAACCCAUUUGGAAUGAGGAGUUUCGGUUUGAAGUCCACGAUUCGCCAAUGUUCUAUCACCUAAGACUGUCCGUGUGGGGAGCGCAGAUGUUGGAGUUAAUUGGAGAGUUGCACAUUGAUCUCCGUAGCCUGGUUCAGAAGGGGCGGCUCCCUGAAUUAGGGGAGUGGCAGAAACUGCGCAGCGAUGGCAGGACGACUGGCGUGAUCCGGAUCGCCCUGGCAUAUCUGGAUGCAAGCGAGGAUGAUCAGCAACAGGCCGAGGCAUCCAAGGCGACUGCUAGAUGGCGGCAACAACAACGGCAACGACAGCGGAGGGACGAGGGACAGACUCGUAUGGAGGAAUUGGACUUUCCGGUCUGGUGAUCCGGGCGCCGGUACCUAGACAAGGCCGAGGAUGAGAAUUCUUGCUGUGGCCGUGACCUGCGCCGUGGCGUCGACAAGGGGGAAACUGUCAAGGGGAAUAAGGUCGAGUAGGAGCACUGUAUGAAAGUACGGAGACACGCAGCACACUAGCUACCUCAUAUCAACAAGGUUGGUGAAGCGGCCGAAUCGUUACGCUAGGGGAUUUUGGCGACAGAGCCCUAGUGAAAGGCCGGC